AAUUGACCCAAUUAAAAAUUACCUAACCUGUGGUUGUUUACGGUUAACCAUGAAUUUUUGUGUUUUUGAUAGCUGUGAAGCCGUUGGCCUAAUUUUAACCGUUAUUUUUAACUAAUAUUUAAUAUUUUAAAAAAUACUUUCACUUCAGCAAACAUUACUGGAUUUUUCAAUUUUAACUUGUCUUGAUUUGCGUGCUGUCUUUGGCUUUUGCUGCAAUACGCGGAAUUCCUGAUCUUAGGCCUGGGUUCUUGAAUCCAGGGGCUUAUUCAGCUGAACUACUCUAUUUCGCCAUGCCGAAGCCUGAAAAAACUCUGGCUGACAAAGAAGUGCCCACGGAUGUGUAUCGAUGCGAAGCACUGAUGAAAAAACGUGUGCGUAAAGGCCAUGUGGAAUAUUUCGUCAAAUGGCGGGGCUAUCCGCGCAGUCAGAAUACCUGGGAACCGGAGGAGAAUAUUCUCGAUCCGCUGCUCAUUGAGCUGUUCGAAGCCAAAGAGAAACGGAAGAAAGACCGUCGCUCCUCCAGAGGACGGCGCAAGAAGCGCUCCACUGGCGACGAAUCGGAAGACACUGCACAGCAUUCAGCGGAGGAGGAUGACAAUUCCAACCACGCCAGCGGAAUCUCAGAGGACGUGAAAAACGGCACCGAGGACAAGAUGGAGGUCGAAGGCGACACAGACGAUACCAAAGAUGGCCCCUCGGGAUCGUCGGUGUCGGAGGAUUCCGGGAAAGAUUCGGUGAUUAAAUUCGCAGCUAAAGGCGAUGAGGACGAUGAGAAGGAGGAGCGUAAACAUUCGGUGCCGGAGGAAGUUGCGUCUUCACCGGAGAAGGUGCCGGAAGUGGCAUCUCCCCAGCCAGACGACCAGCCGAUGCCAAAAAGUCAGGAUGCCGCGGAGAUUUCGGUGGUGCGUGGUGUUGAUGAAACGCCGAUGGAGACCACCACGGUGCGCUCGGAUCUCGUGGAUUUACCUGAUGGGACGCAGGACAUGAUCACGCAUCAGCGCAGUACUACGGUGAGCGCGGAUGGGGUGGCGAUAAUUGUGGAUACCGUGGAGGUGGCUGAGUUGUAAAGGGUUAGAGUAUAGACGUUCUCAUGGAGCCAUGGUCGUUCGGUGUUUACCGUUGUUCUUAUUGUGUCCAUUUGAUUCAGUUCUCUUUUCUGUGCGUCCCCCAGCGAAGAGGUUACAGUAUCAGACAGUUUCAGAUCGUGUAAAAAUUUUUUCCAGGAUAGUUUUUUUUUGUUUGUACACUUGGCGUUAAGUUUUGCGGAGCACACACAUAUUUAUCGUGAUCGUUGCGGAUACAUAUCUGGGCUCAUUUCGUGAAUAGUAUGGCGGUGAAGUUGCUUAUUUGGGUUAAUCGUUGUUGAGUGUUGUCAACUGGUUUUUCACCCUUUUGCACUUUUUACGUUUGUGACAUUUGUCCAGUCUGCGGUUGAAAUUCUUGUCAGUUGGGAAUUUGAUGCACUUUAAAGUCCAUAAAGUUUUCAGAGUUUGGAAUAAAUCGAGAUUUUGUUUUAAA